AUGCAGGCUGCACCAAACCGAGGACGGCAACCUGACCAAGCUCUCAAAAUAUCUGGAGAAACGAUUGCCAGGGCUAGCCGAUCGCCGGUAGCUUGCUUUGCUGGACGUCCCAGUGCUCCAAGCGCAGGCGUGGGCAUGGACAAUGUGUUUGAUGCGAUGGAGCGUGAGAACGAGGCAGUGGUCAAUAAGCUGCAGCGGGAGAUUUGUGCCCUCAAGGAGGGCUCGCGGUCAAGGUCCACAUCGGUCAGUAGCGCGACGUCGGCGCGCUCGACAUCGACCUCACGCACUUCUGGCCUUCCGGAUCGCCGUACCAGUGAUAUUGAAGCGGUCACCCAACUCAAGCGCGAAAACGAAGCUUUACACAAGAAGAUCGCUAAGCUAACUGCCCUUUUACAGGAAAAAGAGCUGGAGAUCGAAAAAUACCGGACCCAAUUGGGCUUAGCCAAGUAG